CGGGGUUGUGGUAUCACAUAAACGACGGUUUCAGUUUCAGAAGUAACUUCGGGUUAUUUAUGUUAGUUUUUUCAAAACUCACACAAAUCCAUAACGUAAUUCACACUGAUUAGACCAGAAAUCGAUUUCAUUUUAAUACCAUUAAAUAAAUUCAAAUUAAACAUGGUAAAUUCGUUGCUUGUCUCUAGUGUGUUGUUUUUGGCCGUCAGUUCUUCUGUAAUUGCUGCCCCUACUUCUAAAAAACAGAUCGUGUUUGAUUUGUGUAAGAAAAACGACCCAAACGUUGAUAAAUGUCUGAAAACUUCUAUUCAAAAUGUCAUUCCUGACUUGGGUGAAGGUUAUCCAAAACUAAGGAUUCCGGCUAUUGAACCUUUUGAACUUCCAUCGUUGGAAAUUAACCAUGGCAAAGGAUCUAGUAAAUCGGUCAGCAUCGACUUGAAAAUGAAAGAUGUUAAGAUCAAUGGAUUAACAAGUACUGUCAUUGACUCAUUGAAGACUGACUUAGAUAAUUAUAAAUUGAAUGCUAAGAUUAGUUUCAAAAAACCGCUUGAAAUCACUGGUCAAUACACUGUUAAUGGAAAAGUGCUCGUUUUGCCAAUUACUGGUUCCGGGGCUUGCAAAAUUGUUCUCAACGAACCAAAAUUGGACUUGAAUGAAUUAAUUUCUACUCCAUACGAAAAAAAUGGCAAAACCUACAUCCAAGUUAAAAAAAUGAACUUAAAUUUGGUAAAUGUUAAGAAGUUGAACUUGAGGUUAGAAAAUCUAUUCAAUGGUAACAAACAACUUGGUGAUAGCAUGAAUACAAUCUUAAAUGAAAAUUGGCCAGUACUAUUGGAAGAACUAAAACCAGCAUUUGAAGAAGCAAUAGCAACCAUUGCUGUCGAUAUAAUCAAUAAGGCGUUGCAAAAAACCCCUUAUACUGAUAUCUUUGCCCAGUAGACUGUUGUUCAUUAGGAUUAGACUAAAGUUUUUAUACCAAAAAUUGUUAUUACUUAACUAAUUUAUUUACACUACUAUUCGUUAUACCAGCUAGAUUUGCUAGGGUAGCUUGACAAAUAUGUCUGAAGUGUGAUCGACGCAAACAAGAUACUCAUGUGUAAUAGCAUAUCGACACUGGUUAGUGACUGACAGUAGUACCUAUUGUUUUAUUUAUUAUAUUUUUGCAAGUCUGAUUCAAAAAGUUUGAUGACUUGCUAUUAUUUAUUUUAAAAAAUGUAGUUUAACUACAAUUUUUAUAAUUUAUUAAAAAAUAAUUAAUUAUUUAUUGAAUAA